CGCCGGGGCCACACAAAGCGGCGAGCGGCGGUGCCUCCGCGCCGGCCAUGGAGCCGCCCGUGCCGCCUCAGGAGCAGCCGCCGCGCCCGCGCUCGCACACGGUCACCACCACCAGCAGCUCCUUCACCGCCAACCUGUCGGCCAGCUCCAGCACCCUCGCCUACGACAGGGAGUUCCUGCGCACCGUGCCCGGGCUCCUCAUGGUGACCGAGAUUGUAUUGGGGCUGCUGGUGUGGACCCUGAUCGCUGGAACAGAAUACUUUCUAUACCCAGCCUUUGGCUGGGUGAUGUUUGUGGCUGUGUUUUACUGGGUUCUCACCGUCUUCUUUCUGAUCAUCUACAUGACAAUGACCUACACCAGGAUCCCACAGGUGCCAUGGACCAUGGUGGGUCUGUGUUUUAAUGGAAGUGCCUUUGUUUUGUAUCUCAUUGCUGCCAUUGUGGACGCAUCUUCAGUUACCAAAGAUCUGGACAAUCACAAUUACAACAGCUGGGCAGCUUCUUCAUUCUUUGCCUUCGUGGUUACCUCCUGCUAUGCUGGAAAUACAUAUUUUAGCUUUAUAUCUUGGCGAUCACGAACUUUGCAGUAAAUACUUUGUUAAAGUGAAUUCUGUAGUGUAAAGCACCUUGAGGAUUAUUCACUUUUGAUAAAAGCUUGGAAGAGGGAUGAGGUAUUUUUGAACAUUUCUGUUAGAAUUGACACAAUAUAAACUGAGAUCAAAUUAUUAUUUAUAAUAAUGCCGUGUUUAGAGACAUUUAACCCUGACUUUGUACUAUAUAAUAAAAUUUCAUACUGCUUCUUUUAAAAUUAACAUGGUAUUUUUCUAGAUGUUGUGUAGUUGUUACUACUAAACUUUAAUAAAUCUUAUUCAAUGUGCCACAUUUGUAAAUGUAACUUUUUAAAUGUUACAGGUAUACUUUUGAUACUGAAUGCUACCAAAACUAAGAUUGAUAUUGUAUAAUUAUUGUGUGAAAAGUGACAUUGUGCAGAAAAAACACCUGAAAGUUAAAGAAAAUAAUAAAUAAAUGAUCCAACUGU